CGUAGUUGUGGUUUUCAAGGUCAUCAAAUCUAUGAGUGAUUUCAAAGUACUGAGUUCCGAGAUUCUUUUUUAAAUCUCCGUUUCACUGAAAACUGUCAUGAAAUCGUCAGUAGCAUAGUAACCGAAUUUGGCACGCAAAACACAACGAUAAGUACGGCUAUAAUAAUAAUGGAUAAAACUCGAGUGGGAACAUCCUUUUCAAAAUAUGAGCAACAUGACGAAAUUUUAACGUCAACGGCUCUUACCUCCAGAAUACUAGAUAACUUAAAUGUACUUAAAUGCAAAUUGGACCCCGAUUUAGUUAACAAUAGUAGAUUAUGUCAUGACGAAAAAAGUGAUUUUGGUUUCAACGAAUCGAAACCUUUUUUACUCAAGUUUGUUGAGCAGAAAAAUAAAUUAUUCAGAAACCAAGCAAACCAUGAAAACAUCAAUGCUACUCCUAUCAACACAAUAUCCCAAGGUAAAAAAUCUUCUAUAAAGAAAAGAAAAUUCUUACCAAAAUUAAAUCGUACUGAACAUUUACUAGCAAUAAUUCCUAAAACUGGAACAGUCAACAAAAUCCCGAUUGAUUAUCAAGUUAACCAACAGAAUCCCUAUAAAACAACAAUUGAUUCUUCUAAUGAAUGUAAUAUUGAUAAUCAAAUACAUCUUCAGUUCAAUACUAAUGAUAUUCAUAACCAAUUGAGAAUUAUAUCUUACUGUAAAAGUAAACAAAUGAAAUUUGAAGCAAGUUAUCCAAACACAAAUAUAUAACAAAGAACUUAACCAAUUUAAUUCAAUUGGAUCCAAAAGAAGAGAUUGUUGUUAGUGAAUAUCAAGAUGGAGAUUUUACAACGACUGGAAUUCAAGGACAGAAUAAAUUUGAUUAUAACUUGAUUAAAAAGAAAACAAUAGAAAAGAAUACUAUGAAAAGAAAGCAUCUUAAGUCUAUUACAGAAAAGGUACCAAUUCUAUGUUCUAAUACAACAAAGAAAUGUUGUUCAUAUGGUAUACGUGAACCAAUUGAACCUUGGUUCCCGUUAGAUUCAUUAUUAGAAGAAAAUAGUCGGGUUAACCAGAAAACGAAUUCAAAUUUACGCUUGAAUCGAUCUAAAAGUUGUGAUAUUAAUAAUUUCAAAUUACCAUGGCAACCUGAAUUCAGCAACUUAUAUCAUAGUUCACCGAAUUUAAUGAAUCAACUAACUGGUGAUUUGGUUAUCAAUCAAAAUUUUUCAAGUAUAUUACAUGAAGUAAGUUUAUAAUAUUGAUUAAUUGAUCAAUGAAUGUUCUUCAUUUAUUGAUUCCAUUUUCUUUAAGUAUCCUUUACAUUUGUUUCUAUUUGCUAUUCAUCCCUUUGAUGUCUGCUUCCGAUUCCUGACUCAUUGUGUUCUAUGGCCUUUCUCUUUUCUGUUUCCCUUCAGGAUUUCAAGUUAGCGAUUGUCUUGUGAUACAGUUUGAUGAUUUCCGUAAUGUAUGUCUAGCUCAUUUCUACCGUAUUUUUAUAAUUUCUUCAGUUGAAAGUUCGUUUAUUCUCAUCCAUUGUAGGCUAUCACUGAUGGUAUCCUGUUAACAGACAUUAGGUAUCUUACGUAGAAAACUAUUUAUAAAUACUUGUACGUUCUUGAUGAUGGUUUUAGUAGUUCUCCGAGUUUCUGACUUUCAUUACUGUAUAAAUAACAUUAGUGGAAUAGUGCAAGCGCUAAUUAUCACCAGCUUCCAGCUGAAGAAGAAAUUAGGAAAAGACGAUAGAAAUGGAUAAGACAUACGUUACGCGAAUCAUCAAACUACAUCACGAGGCAAGCCCUAACUUGGAAUCCUGAAGGGAAGCGCAAAAGAGGAAGGCCAAAGAACACAUUACGUCGGGAAAUAGAAGCAGAUAUGAAAAGGAUGAAUAACAAAUGGAAGGAGCUUAAAAGGAUUGCCCAGGACAGGGUUGGAUGAAGAAUGCUAGUGAGCGGCCUACACUUCUUCACGAGGAGUAACAGGCGUACGUAAUUAACCCAACAAAGAAAGUUAAUAUUAGAUAUGGAAGAACAGACUAAUGAUAAUCUGGAAGACAAGAUAUCACCAGAAGAUUGUAAUUCCAACGAAAAGAAUAAAAUCUUUACAACAAUCCAUUCGAAUGAUGAUUGUAUUGUACAUACUACUAAUAAUCACAUGGAUGAUUUGGAAACAAUUUCUCAUAAAAAAUCAAUGAAUAUAUCUAAUCACCAUGACAACAAAACUCAAAAUUUAAAUAAUCCACCUAUAACAACUACAAAAUCGAUUCAUUUAAAUUUAUCUGAUAUAGAAUUAUAUCAACAAAAUCAAUUAAAAAUCAAUAAUAAUAAUAAUAAUUUACAAAUUGAUUGGAUUAAAAAAAUCAAGAAAUUACCAGAAAAUAUUGAACCAAUUUUAGAAUAUUUUGGAUCAACUAAACAAGAUCAAUCUACGAAUAUUAAGUUAGUUACAAAUGAAAUAGAAAAUCUUACAUAUGAAAUCAACAAAAAUUCAUCCACUACCAAAUUAGGCUUUGAUUUAUGUCGACGUGGUGCAUUAUAUAGAAAAAUUGGAAGAUUACAAGAUGCAAAAGCUGAUCUUCUUAAAUCUAUUCAAAUUGAGUCAAAAUUAUCAUCUGCCUAUUGGCAUAUACAUUUUAUAUUCUUACUUGAAGGUAAAAUAAAAGAGGCAUUAAAUCAUUUAGAACAAUGUAUGAAAUGUACUAAUAUGAUUGAACCAAUACAAAAUUUUAGUACUACUACGACGAUGGCGGCGGCGGCGAUGGUGACGAGUGCUACUACUACUACUACUACGACGACGGCGGCGAUGACUACGACUACUACAAUUACUACUACUGAUAACAGAAAUAAUGAUAGUAAUAUGAAAAGUUUCAAUACCAAUCUCUAUCAGUUUUAUCAUGACAUUCUUAAUUCAAAAGCAUUUAUUUAUUCAUUAUUAAAUGAUUCUAAAAUGGAAAUUGAAAUAUGGACAAAAUUGAUUCAUUAUAAUCCGACAUAUGAAUUAGCUUAUGAGAAAAGAGCUAAUCUUUAUCUCAAGUUAAAAAUGUAUCAUCAAGCAAAUACUGAUUUUAUGAAAAUCCUCUGCAUAAAUCCCAAGUCAGUCUAUGCUCAGUUUCAAUGUGGUUUAUAUAAAUUUCACUCGAAGGAUUGGAGAACAGCAAUCUCUUAUUUUAAAAUGGUUCUUGUUAAUAAUCCAUCAUAUUUUGAAGCAAGAUAUUAUUUGGCUAGAUGUCUAUUAAAAUUAUCUAAUUAUAAUACAGCUUUAGCUGAAUUAACAGCUUGUCUUUACUUUCAACCAUUGUAUUAUAAAGCUUUAUAUAUACGUGGUUGUCUACUGACUAAAACAUGUCCAUUACAAUCAUUACGUGAUUUAACAUUGUGUAUAUAUGUUGGUAAUCAAAAAUAUCAAACUAUGGCUUUUAUUCAACGUGGAUUAAUGUUUAAUCAAUUAAAAAGGUAUAAAAUGGCAGUACAUGAUUUUCAAGCAGCUUUGAAUAAUGGAUUUCCUCAAUCAACUGAUAUCUACCGUCUGUUAGGAUUAACCUAUAUACAAUUGAAUCUAACAACUAGAGCUAUUCAAGCGUAUUCAAAUGGAAUAAAUAAAGAAACAAUACCAGAUAUAAAAUUGUUAUUAUGUAGAGCAGAAGCUUAUUAUCAAUCAAAUCAAUUUAACAAGGCAAUAUUCGAUAUACAACGUGUGAUACAUUUAAGUCCUCAUUUAGCAACUACUUAUUUAUUACUUGCAAAUUAUUUAUAUAAAUUAACAAAUGCUCAAUUGAUUCAACGUUCUAUUCAACAAUAUUUAAGUUUAGCCGAAGAAUGUGUAAUUCAUAAACAAGCUAAACAAAUGGCAUUAGCAUAUUACUAUCUGAAGAAAUAUAAAGAAGCUGAAACCAUUCUAUUAGAAGAUACAAAGCAUCAAUUGGUAUUAAGUAAUAUAUUAUUACUUGGUCUCAUCAUGGAUAAACAACAAAAAACAAUGAAUUCUAUUGAAUUAUUAGUAAAUAGUUUAAAGAAAUUAAAUUGUAAAAAACUUGAGAAAAUAGAAAUCUACAAUCAUCUUGGUCAAUAUUAUAUGAAAAUAGGAGAUUAUAUACCAGCUAUUGAGGCUUUUACAAGUUUCAUCCAUUAUGACCCUCAUAGACCACAUGUUUACUUAUAUCGUGCUCAAUCUACCUGCCGAUUGAUAGCUAUACACCUUCAAAAAAGAACUAUCUUACCUAACGAUUUCAAUGAUAAUGUAUUAGAUGAUAUAAGUCAAACAUUAGUUUUAAUUCAUUCUAAAACGUCUUCAGUAGAUCAAAUUCAUUUGAAUGGACCUAUGAAAUAUGUUGAUUUAAUUGAUCAAUGUUUAUUAACACGAAUUAUAUAUUUUGGUAUCAAUCAACGUUAUACAAAAGCUAUACUUAAUUGUAAUGAAGUUAUUCAUAGAAGAUCGGAAUGGAUAAGAAUAUGGAUUUAUCGUGGUGUAUACAAAUAUUUAUUGAAAAAUAUGGAUUUUUGUGAAGCUGAUUUAAAUAUAGCCAUAGAAAAAGAUCAGAAAUCUUCUUUAGCUUAUUAUAAUCGUGGUUUAUGUCGUCAAACACAAGAUAAAUGGAAUGAUGCAAUUGAAGAAUCCUGUCCCUGCUUUGCGAAUCCCCACAUUCACGUCCACAUCCGACCCUCCUUGUCCGUGGAUGAUGCUGACCAGGUACGUGAAAUAUCCCACAUCUUCCAGAGUUUCUUCGUCAAGUGUGAUUUGUUUGGUGUUCUCAGUGUUGUAUCUGAAGAUCUUGCUUUUUCUUUUUUGUAUGCUGAAGCCUACUGUUGUAGAGGCUGCUGCUACACUAGUUGUUUUCAUCUGCAUUUGUUGAAGUGUAUGGGAUACAAGGACCAAGUCAUCUACGAAGUCCAAAUCUUCUAGUUGGUUCCGAACUUUCCAUAUUAUCCCGUGUUUCCCCUUCAGAUGUGGAAGUGCUCAUAAUCCAAUGGAACACUACCAAAACAAAGAGAAAUGCGGAGAUUAGGCAGUCUUGUCUGACUCCGAUCCUAAAAUGAAGAAUUGGAGAUAACAAUUAUUGUCUGCCUCACAAAUUCCGGAAGACGUAAACACUAUAAAUGUAGGAAGUAAACGUCAUUUAUGUUUAUGUAGUAUUUUUAGAAACCAUUCGAGUUCAUGGUAGCAAAGUCCAGGUUUAUUUUAGGAUUAUGAUCAAGCUAUUAAAUCUGGUACUUUAAAUGGAUCAGUUCAACUUUAUAGUUUAAUUAAUAGAUCAAUCAUAUAUAUAGAAAAAUGUCAAGAUUAUCAUAAAGCUAUAAAGGAUUUAUAUCAAGCUAAAACUAUUAUGGAUAAAUUGAUGAAUUCUACAAUUCAAAAUGAAACUAACUCAGAUUUGUUUAUUAAAUUAAUGUAUACAAUUGGUAUUUGUUAUCAAAGACUUGAAAUGUAUCCUGAAGCCGAACAGAUAUUGCAUAAUUUAACAAUUCAACAACCAAAUUUUUUAAAAGGAUAUAUUGCAUAUGCUAAUUGUUUAAUGGAUUAUGAAGGUUAUAAAAUCAAAAUGAAUGAAACGAAUUCAAAGAAUCUUUGGAAUCAAGCAUUGAAUGAAUAUGAAUUUGCUUUAAAAUUAGAUGAAUACAAUUUAGAAGCAAGUAUUGGUUUAUCAAUGUGUUUACAGGUUCUAGGACGUUUAAAUGAUGCAUUAAAACAAAUUACACAUACUUUAAAUAUUUAUUAUGAUCAUCAUGAAUCUAACUAUAAUGAAUUAACAAAUGAGAAAUACAAUAAAUUACUAGCUGAUGCCUAUGAUUGUAGAGGUAUUAUAUAUUUACAACUUGGUAGAUUUCAAUAUGCUAUUGAUGAUCUUACAAAUUCAAUUCGUUUAAAUCGUUAUUCAACAAAAUAUCUAAUUAAUCGUGGUGUUGCAUAUUUUUGUAAUCAUCAACUUAUGCCUGCUAUGAUUGAUUUCAAAAAUGCUAAUCAACUUGAUGCUACCAAUAAUUUAGCUUAUUAUCAUCAAGCAUUAAUUUAUUUACAUCAUGGACAAUUUGAACAAGCUGAAAAUCGAAUCAAUCUAAUUAUAAACAUGAAACAAUCACUAUCAUUUAUCAUUAAUCAAUUACAAUCAAUAUGUUUAGAUCCAAGUCUAUGGUUGCUAAGAUCAAUCAUUAAAUUAAUGAAACAUAAAUCGAAUGAUUAUUAUGAUUCUAUAUUGAAUGAAGCAUUAAAUGAUAUCUGUUAUGCGGAACAAUUAAUCUUACCGAAAUUAAUGAAUGAAUUAACUAGUUGGCCACAUUUACAUUAUACUAAAGGACAAAUAUUAUAUAAAUUAAAAGAUUAUGUUAAAGCUGAUAAAGAAUUUACAAAAGCUCUCAGUUUAUUACCAUCCAAUAAGUAUAUCUAUCAAAUACGUUCUAAAUGUCGUGAAAAGAUGUAUCGCACCGGUUUGAGUAACUCAUAUGAAAAUGCAUUAAUUGAUUAUCGUUUAUCACUUUUGGCUAAUGAUGUAACUAACCAAUAACAUCUAUGUAUACGCAAAUAUAAUUUACACUUCAUUUAUAUAGACUAAUAUAACUUAUAUAUUUGUUCAUUCAUGUAUUGGCUUCACCAUUCCUAUGAA